AUGAGGAAAUGUGGACAGUCUUCUGAUUCCCGACAGAGUAGUAAUUUAUCAUCGGGCAGUAAACAAAUCGUAAUGCCACCACUGUGGUCAGAAUCGUCGUUGUUGUUUGGUGGACGUAGAGCGCGGUAUUCACCUUUGACACUAAGCAAUAUUGAUGGAAUGGAGAAGAUUCCGCAUCGAAUAGUAAUGCUUGGUGAUUACUCCAGUGGUAUUGGUUUGCUAAGAAGUGAAUUGGCACAGUUAAAUUAUUUUGAAGAUAUCCCAUUCUCUGAUGCCAAAUAUUGCACAACAAUAACGCAGGAUGGACAGGAGCUGCAGAUGUGGCUCUUUGUUGAUUUGCAUAAUUUUGAAUUGUUUUGCAAACAGUGCACCGAAAGUAUCGAUUGCUGCAUAGCGUGCUAUUCGAUCGCAAAUGAGCAAACCUAUCGGAGUGUCAUCAAAAAAUGGCUUCCUGAAUUUACAAAUAACUACCCUGGAAAACCAAUCAUCCUAUGCGCAUUGAACGAUUGCGAAAUAUGCACAUGUGGUAGCGGCAUUCAUGAAACGAGAUUUCAGCAUGAUUUCAAUUUUUGCAGCAAUCACCUCACUCAAAUCGACAUUUCCAUCUUCGAUAAGGUACGAUCAGCAUGGUACAAUCAUACUGCAAUUUAA